AUGGGUGCAACAGACCGUGCCAGCUGGCUAGGACAGAUACAGAGAGACAGGGCCAGGCGCCUUGAAAUGGACGAAGCGGAAACCGACCUUCGCCGCAGAAGGCCUCGUGUGGACCUGCAAGAUGAUGAUAACCUUGAGGAAAACCGUGAGCCACCCCCUGAAGUCAAACCACUGAUCGACAUAUUUCCGGGUGUCUCCGCCGCCCUUCUUACUCGCGUUUUCGAGAGGAAGUUGAAGGCAACUGAACUUAUACGCUUCAAAGAGAAGUCAGUCACCGAGCUAGAUCAGGAGGACAGAGUCUUCAAGAUAACCGAGUCAGGAGGCACAGUUGGCUUCAAGAAGACAGCGACAUCGCUUAAAGACUGGGGCCCUAACCCUCAAAUAUGGACGAGCUACUUCCUUACAUACUCGGCUGUAAUAGGAUAUCUCUUCAGUGAGAAACAUCCAAAGGCAGUUCCCAACCUCCUUAUGUUCAUGAGGCAGAUCCUGGACUUCGCUCAAACUUAUCAGUGGUCAGAAGCUGUACUGCCGCUUGCCCUUAACUUCCAUCAAUAUAUCCUGGAUAAAGGAGAGCUGUCAACCGAGAACAACCUUGUCACAGCCCCAUUUCGUGAGAAAUAUCUCCAAGCCGAUAGGAGCUGCAACACUGCACCACUCAGCCUGAUACCCCAAGGCCAAUCGCCUAGGCCAAAUACUGCUACCCAAUAUCCCGUUUUCAACCCAGAGCUCCCAAAACUACAGCUCUCUCCGUCACCACUGUAUACAAAAGGCUGGGGCAACCUCCUGCGCCACUAUCCAGGCGAUCUCGGGUAUACUAUCACCGGCAUUCUGACCCAUGGCGCCCAGAUCGGCUACAGAGGUAGCAAACAAUCUUGCCAUUCGACAAACCAUCAAAUACAUGAACCUAGCACGAUCUCGGCUAAACUAGCAGAGGACCUCAAUCUUGGUCGUGUAAGACUAGCGUCUAGCCCCUCCUUCGUCUCGCCGCUGGGAUUAGUCCCUAAGCACGAUGGGGGAUAUCGCCGCAUCCAUGAUCUAUCCUGGCCCCCUGGACAGGGUAUUAACCAGGAUAUACCAGAAUCCUGGUCAGCUAUCAAAUAUAUGACAAUCGAUGAUAUCUACAAACAGGUCACACAGGCUGGCCUAGGUUGUAUAAUCAUUAAAAGGGAUAUCAAGGACGCCUUUCGAAUAGUCCCUGUUGCUGAAGAUAACCAGCAUCUCCUUGCCUUCCAGUGGAACAAUUCUACUUACGUCGAAUGCUGUCUCCCCUUUGGCCUUGCUACAGCCCCAUUCCUCUUCAACCUCUUUGCGGAGGCUCUCCAUUGGAUACUGCAAUGCCUCCUUCCUACAUUUUAUAUCAAUCAUUACCUAGACGACUUUAUUGUAAUUACUCAGUCUUCCUCAGUGUCCGACCCUACGGGUUCCUUUGAUAUGGUUUACAACAGAGUCACUGACUACCUAUGUAUCCCUCGCAAUACAAACAAGGACCGACAAGGGACAGAUGUUAUAGUCCUAGGUAUCCAGAUCGACUCUAUUUCAAUGGAGGCUCGCCUGCCACCAGAUAAGUUGUGCCGCGCCACAUUGGACGCCGCAGCUGCCCUGAACGCAGCGACUGCCUUCCCACAUGGGAGGAGCACGCGCCGCCGUAUCUCCUACGAGGUACGUGACGAUUUGGAAUGGUGGAGGGACUCCUUAUCUCUUUUCAACGGCGUACUCCUGAUAGACCCCUGCCGCCGCCCUAUUACCCAUCUCUAUACAGAUGCCUCCAACACAGGCCAGGGGCUCUUCUUCUUCUCAUCUAAGUCUAUAUCAGACUGCUGGCUGGCCCAUUGUCACCAGCUUCAUCCAAGCAAUGCUGCCUCACUGGCCCUUGCUCAAGCCGCACACGCGCACCAAGUCGCACACGCGCACAUCAAUACCACCGAAGUAGACGCUAUCCUCCAAGGAUUCCUACUCUUCAGCCACCAUUGGCUUCAUCAUACUCUCGUUAUCCACACGGAUAGCUCCACAGCCCACACAGGACUAAGUAAAGGCUUUCUUCAUGGUACGCCUAACCUCAAUGCAGGCCACCUAAAACUUCUCUGGAGUGGUCUCAGCGCCAAUACGCGUUCCGUCUACCUCUCUGUUCAACGCAGUUACGAAAAGCACUGCGCGCUCCAGAACUUGCCACCGUGGCCAGUCUCAACACAGUCGUUAACCUCCUGGCUAACUUCACGACUCCUUGGGAAUUCAAACCAAAAGGCCGUCAAGCCUGAUACCGCACUCACCGACCUAGCCGCCCUCCGAGCCUACCAUAUUGACAACUUGCUUGACGAUAAACUCUUCGAUAAUAAACACUUUCGACGUCUUAUAGACGGCGCAAGAAGAUUGAACCCUAUCACAAAGGUCCGGGUUAGAAAACCAAUUUCGCGUGAUACUAUUACGAAGCUUUCCGCAAGCCUUUGUACAUUCCCGUCUCAUCCUGUAGAGAUGACUGCAAACCUCCUGGACGACCUCAACUUUGCAACAGCCUGUCGGGUAGCAUUUGCUGGGUUCCUCCGCCUUGGAGAAUUUACAUAUAAAACAGAAGACCUCGCCCUAUCUUCUUAG